AUGUCCCAGCGUAGCCCUUGCAGCUUUUGCCGCGAAAAGAUAUUACGUGCUCGCGAUUCUUGGGAUUACCACCACUCGAGUUACUUCUCCCUGAGAACUUCUGCCAGGAGACAAUGCGUGUUCUGCAGGAUUUUGUUCGAAGAUGUUCAGCAUCAUCAAAUCAAUCUCGAGAAAUUUGCCUCGGCAGACACUUCAAUUGAGCAAGCAGUGAGACGAUGGCUUCAACAAGAUACGAAGAACACAAAGAAGCUAGCUCUACUACAUCCUUUUCCUAUAUCCCUCUAUAGGUGGAGCACUCGUAGCUUAGGACGCACAAGAGAAGGGAAAGCCACGAUUGCUAUCACUUUCCGAGUUGUUCCAGGAUCAUUGGACACUAGCGGCGAGAACCAAUCCCAGGAAGGGGCGGAAACGUUUGGUCUGCCAGAGCGUACAUUCUACUGCUUCCCAGAGACUGAUCUAAACCCUUUAUUGAUCCCCAUCGAUCUCGGUAUGAGCACAUAUCCGCGGGUCAAUGGUGGCCAUCAGAUCAAGAGAUGGAUCAGGGAUUGUGGGAUUUACCACAAGAACUGCCCCAAGCGCGCUGGAGCUGGCAGCAAAUGGGUUCCCACCAGAUUACUGCAUGUUGGAGGCAGACGUGAAGGCGAAUCGAUACGCGUUGUCGAUACUAAGGUUGCGAACGUGAAAGGCCCUUACGUUACAUUAAGUCAUUGUUGGGGCCCUUCCCCGGAGAAGAGAAGGGACAUUUUGACGGCGCAGAGCUGGAAAGAGUUUACAGAAGUUGGAGUACCAUGGAAUUUUUUAUCCAAAAACUUUCAACAGGCCAUUGAAGUUGCACGAUUUCUGGAAGUCGACUAUAUAUGGAUAGAUUCAUUAUGCAUUAUUCAAGGAGAUACCGCAGAGUGGAAGAGAGAGGGCGCUUUGAUGCAUAAAGUCUAUCGCAACUCUUACUGUAAUAUUGCAGCAGCUGAUGCUGCAAACAGCCAAGAAGGCUUGUUUCGCCAGCGUGAGCCACAAGACGUUAUCCCUGCACGGUUCGAGGCUGAUGGAGCCUCGCCAAUGUUCGGCAAGAAUAAGUGGCAGAUUAUAAGAGGUGAUCUAUGGGAGCAUGAUCUGCUCAGCAGACCUCUCUACACACGAGGAUGGGUGUUCCAGGAACGAAUGCUCGCUCCAAGAGUACUGCAUUUCUGUCAACAUCAAAUCUUCUGGGAUUGCACAGAGAUGAGUGCGUGCGAAAGUCUACCUGGGGGCCUGCCUCUACCGUUAGAUCGAUCGUCUUCGAUAGAUCGUCACUGGCGAGGAAGAUUACAAGAGGGUAUCUCCAACCAAGCACUCAUUCUUUCCGCAACUAACGACGACUCACCCGAAGACUUUUGGAAAGCUGCAAUCGAAGCUUAUACAAGCCUAGAUCUAACCAAUCAGGAUGACAAACGCAUGGCAGUCUGGGGUAUCGCGAAGCUGGUCCGUGACAGCCUUGAUGAAGAGUAUGCUGUAGGAAUGUGGGGAUUGUUCCUCGAGGAGCAGCUAGCUUGGAAGGUGGCAGACUAUGCGACGUCUGAGCGUCCAGAAGUCUUGAAAAUGAAUCCAUCUUGGUCUUGGGUAUCGGUGAAGGGCAGAAUCAUCGUUCAAGAUCGCUCAGGGCGACGGAAUAGAGUGUAUCGUGUGAGAAAUCACAACGGUCAAGCCUUGUCAUUCAAGAUAAGCCAAGAGAUGAUUCGGCCCAAGGCUCCUCGGCAGACAUCUGGCGAUCGUCAGAAGGACAUCGCAAACAUGAGUAAGGACUUGGAAUUGGUAGAUGAUCGUCGGCGGAAGUCAAGUGUUACCUCUAGGCAUAAUUCUGAGGUGGGUUUGUCAACAUCGAUAUCGCAACGUAAUUCGCUAGUCAGUACAGCGCGGAAGGACUCAAACAAAGACCGGCUUUUGGAGCAUGAAAAUGCUAAAUUUCGGCCAAUGAUCCGAAAAACAUGGUCGUGGAAACCAGUCAAUUACACAAUUGGAACCCCCCAGGCUCCGGAAUCGCCCUCAUUCUUCCCUUUCUCCGCAUUGUUCACUAUAAUUUUGGCAUUGGCAUAUGGUUUCAUGAGCUGGUUCUGGUGCUUGUCGAGUCAUGCCAUGUCUACUUUGCGGUUGCUAAUUUCACGCGAACGAUGCCGUACCCUGACGGCGGAGACAGACUCAAUAGAAAAUGCGCCAAAUUCAAGGGAUGUCGAGCCUGAGCUGUCAGACAAGAAGAUUGCAGUGCAAGGAUACAUUCAUCGAGGAGACCUACAAUGGUCGAAUGAGAUCGGUGAAUACCUGCUGUUUCCUAGAAAUGCAGCUAAGCAGCAGUUACGAGAGACAAUCAUCGAGGCGUAUCCAGAUACUACCGAAGAUGCCAGGGCUGGGGCUGUCACCUUCGUCAUCCUCGCAUUGAGUCAAAAGUUUGAACACAACAGCAUAAAUCUAAUCCACAACCCAGAGCUAGAAUUGAAGACCUGGUACGAGGGACAUGGAAUCAUGAUCCGUUCUUCAGGUGUGGACCAGCAAUAUUUUCGCACUGGUGCAGUACAAAUCCACAAACUAAGCGCUGAAAUGUGGCAUCACAUUCAACAGAUCUGCUGGGAGCAAGUUGAGCCACCCACAGACUUGGAAGAAUGGGAAGGGGAGAAGUUUUGGAUUGCUUGA